AUACAGCAAGCUUGCGACACACCUGCAAAUAUACUUAGUCUAUUUUCCUCCAGAAUGGCUGUUCAACUCACUGACACUGAGGUUACUUUAUCUCUCUCCGAUGAUCCAAACACAUCUUGUAAAAUAUUAUUGUAUGGAGCAACUGUCUAUUCAUGGAAAUCACAAAAUAUCGAACAAUUAUGGUUGAGUAAGGCAGCAAAACUAGAUGGCUCAAAGCCUGUUAGAGGUGGUAUUCCAUUGGUGUUUCCUGUGUUUGGAAAAAAUAAUUCUGAUGACUUCAAAGAUUUACCCCAACAUGGUUUUGCAAGAAACUCAACUUGGGAGUUUUUAGGUCAAACUCAGCAAGAUCCUCCAACUGUUCAAUUUGGUUUAGGACCUGAAAACGUUGAUGAAAAGCUAUAUUCAGGUUGGGGCUCAAACAAAGACAAUGAUUUUACUUUGAUCUUAACAAUUGCUUUACAUCACACAUAUUUGAAAACAUCAAUUGAUGUUAUAAAUAACAACGACUACUCCUGGGAUUUCAAUUGGUUAUUUCAUAAUUAUUUACAAGUCAAUGAUAUCGAAGAUACUUUGGUGUCCAAUUUAGCUGGAGAAAAUUGUUUUGACCAAUUACUAAAUGAACAUUAUGAAGAAAAAGCUCCGGCUGUAACAUUUAUUGAAGAACUUGAUAGAAUCUACAAUCAAAUCCCAGAAGAACGAAUGGUGCAAGUCAUUGAAUUGGGUAAAGUUGUUCACUCGAUUCAAAGAGAGAAUUUGCCUGACAUUGUUGUUUGGAACCCUUGGGUUGAUAAAUCUUCAAGUAUUGCUGAUUUUCAACCAAAAGAUGGUUUCAAAAAAAUGGUUUGUAUUGAACCUGGCUACGUUAAAAAAUUUGUUACAUUAAAUCCAGGGGAAACCUGGUCUGCAAGUCAAAUUAUCAAAAGAAACGAACCAUUGACUCUACAAUCUGUUUAAUUUAUUUAGUAUUGUGAUAAUUAACGUGAGUUUUUACUAUUUCAAAGAUUCAUUCUAUAUAAUAAAAAUAUAAAAAAUUAGGAUAGCAACAGAAUGAUAUCAUAAUUUGUGUCUAUUCAAAAAUUCAAUCUUGUAGUUUAAAUGAUUUCUUCUUAUUUUUUUUCCUUUUAUUUAUUUAUUAAGACUAAGAAUAUACCAAUGCAUUAAAUAUAGCUAAUUAUCCCAAUCAAAUCUGAAGCAAAAUUUAAUCGACUACUGUUUUAGGACUUGAUUAUAUUAUUUUUAACCAAUAAAUUCUGGAUCACUUUUGAAUUUUGUAGCAAGUGAAUAUAAGUCUCAUUUUCAACUGGGUC